UUUCCACAUAAUCUACAGUUUGGGUUUAGAAAUGGUUAUGGUGCCAUCCCAGCAUGUUAUGUCCUAAAAGAAUCUAUUAGCUACUAUGUAGAUAGAGUUUCUCCAGUUUUCUGUGCAUUUUUAGACAAUGAAAAAGCCUUUGACAGAAUCUGGCAUAAUGGUCUCUUAUUUAAGUUGUAUAAUCUUGGAAUUGACUCCAGAUUUUGGCAAAUUUUAAAGUACUGGUAUAAUGACAGCAAAUGUUUUGUAUCAUUUUGUGGUGUAAACUCCAAUUUGUUCAAAACUUGUCAAGGUGUAGGGCAAGGAAGGAUACUUAGUGCUUUUAUGUUUCUUGUGUAUAUUAAUGAUUUAUUAUAUGAAAUAUGCAAAAAUGGCAAUGGUCUUUUACUGGGUGAUUAACACAUUCCAGGUAUUCUAUUAGCAGAUGAUACUGCUCUAAUGAGCAAUUCACCAAGAUCCUUACAGUGUUUACUCAACCAUGUAGAAAACUAUGCAUUUACUUGGAGACUCCAUUAUAAUCCUAGUAAAAGUGUCUUUAUUGUAUUUAGGAAAACACAAAAAUGUUCCUUAUCUUGUAGCGUUACGCUUUUUGGUAGUGAAAUACCUCAGUCUGAAAAUACAAUAUAUGCUGGUUGCCUUCUCCAGGCCAACAUGAAAAGUGACAAACUUACAGAACGAGUGUGCAAAACUGCUAGAUCAAAAAUCCACUCUUUAUAUUCUAUUGGUGUUAAUAACUCUGACAUUCAUCCCGUUGUAUCUGCAAAAAUAUGGAAACGGGUCGUACUACCGUCUGCCCUCUACUCCUGCGAUAUUUGGCCGUCAUUGUCACUAACAGACAUGCAACAACUUGAAUAUGUACAAAGACACUUCUCCAGAAUAAUUCAAGGAUUUUCAAAGUUUUCUCCGUCACUUUCAAGCAUCUCAAAUAUUGGUCUGUGGACUAUACAGGGUUACAUUGAUAAAUGUCGCCUACUUUUUUUAGGUAGACUCCAUAGGUCAGAACAAACCUCUGUACAUUAUCAGAUCUAUAAGUUUAUUUCUGAUGUUCAUGUAUCUGAAAAAUUUUUUGCAACCAAAAACAUGUUACAAACUGCUAACAAAUACCAGCUCUUAGAUGUGUUUGAAAAUAAUUGUAGUAUUAUAUACGGCAAAAAGGAAUUUUCAAAAAUGAUUAUCAAAACAAUAUGGUCAGCAGAGGAAAAACAAUGGCGUGCUGCUCUGUCUGGAGAUCCUGAUAUGUCUUUUUUCAGUAAAAUACAUACCAUGUUAAACCCAAAUAAAUUGUGGCAGAUUGCUAGAGAGGAUCCCUCAAAAAGACUGUUAAUCAAUUUUUUGAUUCAGGUUUCAUCGAUGAAAAUUGUUCGUAAAUUUUGUCAACUUUGUAAUAAGCUAACAAGUAACUAUAAUAUGCACUUGAUCUUAAGUUGUUUUACAUUAUUAGACGACAGAGAAACUAUGUUUGAGGACAUUUUAGAUAUACUUGAUGUAAACGAGUAUGUUUUAUUUGAAGAUCAAGAUCCCGAUUUACAGUUUUUAUCGUUAAUGGGUUGUGUUCAAGGCACAAGUUUUGAAAAAAUAUCUUUUACAAAAUGGAAGCGUAUUAUGAUAAUCGUUGCCUCAACAGUAUAUAAAAACAAAAGCCUUUUUGCCAUAGAUUGUAGAAACCUGUAAUGUUCUAGCAGA